CAAAGGGGCGUGGCCUGUUCACCAUUGCCCGUUUCUCUCCUGUUGUUAACUUGCUAGCUAAACAGGCUAGCUGUUGCUAGCGUCUUUGUUCGCUCAGCAUCGUUAAUGGUAAACCAAGUUAAGUCAAGAUUUAAAACGUGCUACUUGGUUAUUGUACAUAGUUCAACGUUACUUCUUUCCCGUCAUCAUGGACGAGGAAUAUUACAGCAGUGCAGGAGAUUGGGAAGGCACGGAGGGUAACGUUAACAUGGAGGAUGGCUAUGUUGAAGGGGAGAAUGAUGGGAAAAUCCAGGAAGAUUGUCUGCAGAAGUUCUCCAGCAGAGACUACAUCAUGGAGCCUGCGAUCUUCAACACCCUCAAAACGUAUUUCCUAGCAGGUGGCUCUCCAGAACAUGUGAUCCAGCUUCUCUCUGAAAACUACUCGGCUGUGGCUCAGACAGUUAACCUGCUGGCAGAAUGGCUCAUCCAGAUGGGUGUGGAGCCUGCUCAGGUUCAAGAGCGAGUAGAAAAUCACCUUAAGAGUCUCCUGAUUAAGCACUUUGACCCCCAGAAAGCAGAUUCUAUUUUCACUGUUGAGGGAGAGACUCCUGCUUGGCUCGAGCAGAUGAUCGCACACACGACAUGGAGGGAUCUCUUCUAUAAGCUGGCAGAGGCUCACCCAGACUGCCUGAUGCUCAACUUCACUGUAAAGCUCAUUUCAGAUGCAGGUUACCAGGGUGAGAUCACCAGUGUGUCUACAGCAUGUCAGCAGCUGGAAGUUUUCUCCAGAGUACUGAGGACAUCUCUAGCCACACUACUCGAUGGAGGAGAAGAAAACCUUGAGAAGAAUCUGCCAGAAUUUGCUAAGAUGGUGUGUCACGGCGAGCACACCUACCUGUUCGCCCAGGCCAUGAUGUCGAUCCUUGCUCAGGAGGAACAGGGUGGUUCAGCCGUGCGCCGGAUCGGCCAGGAGGUGCAGAAGUCGGCACAUGAAAGAGGCCACGAUGCCAGUCAGAUAACCCUGGCCCUCGGUACGGCAGCAGCCUAUCCUCGAGCCUGCCAGGCGCUGGGUGCCAUGUUGUCUAAAGGAGCCCUGAAUCCUGCAGAUAUCACAGUACUGUUCAAGAUGUUCAGCAGCAUGGACCCUCCUCCUGUGGAGCUGAUCAGAGUUCCUGCAUUUCUGGACCUGUUCAUGCAGUCACUGUUUAAGCCUGGGUCAAAGAUCAACCAGGACCAUAAACACAAAUACAUCCAUAUCCUGGCCUACGCUGCCAGUGUGGUGGAGACGUGGAAGAAGAACAAGCGAGUCAACAUCAAUAAAGAUGAGCUGAAGUCGACUUCCAAGGCCAUAGAGACUGUUCACAACCUGUGCUGCAACGAGAACAAAGGAGCUACGGAGCUGGUGGCUGAACUGGGCACCUUGUACCAGUGCAUCCGGUUCCCAGUCGUUGCUAUGGGGGUUUUAAAGUGGGUGGACUGGACGGUGUCUGAGCCGCGGUACUUCCAGCUCCAGACUGACCACACUCCAGUACAUUUAGCUCUGCUGGAUGAGAUCUGCACGUGUCACCAGCUGCUGCACCCACAGGUCCUCCAGCUGCUUAUCAAACUCUUUGAGACUGAACACUCCCAGCUGGACGUCAUGGAGCAGCUGGAGCUGAAGAAAACCCUGCUGGAUCGAAUGGUUCACCUGCUAAGUCGCGGCUACGUCCUGCCUGUGGUCGGUUACAUCCGCAAGUGUCUGGAGAAACUCAACACAGAUAUCUCCCUCAUUCGAUAUUUUGUCACAGAGGUGCUGGAUGUGAUCGCACCUCCCUACACAUCAGACUUUGUUCAGCUAUUCCUGCCCAUCCUGGAGAACGACAGCAUUGCAGGAACAAUCCGCACGGAGGGGGAACACGACCCUGUUGCCGAGUUCAUUGCUCACUGUAAGUCAAACUUCAUCAUGAUUAACUGAAGUGGAACGGGACACUUAAUGUUCUCGUUAGAGACGGCACCAGAAAGACUGGACAGAGAUAUGAGAUCUCCAUGAUGAUAAGCAGAUGCUCUGCUUGACACUGACGUACAUAGCUUGGAGACGAACUUUUCAGUUUGAGCAAGUGAACUGCUGUUGAGGUAACAAAAAAAAGCAAAUGUCACUGAGCUGGAUGAUGGACAAGCAUAAUAAUAGGACAGACUUGUCAACGGAGAGGCCUCUGAGGAUGCAGCUCAGUGUUCUCCUGUAGAGGUAGAGCACAGUUAGGUCACACCCAAACUGGGAAGAAAAUCAGUUCCUCUCGCUCCAUUGACUUUGUAUUGGGCGAAGGUGCCUCUUUGACAAAAUGUCCUUUUACAAAAAAAACUGAAAAAUGCCUAAAAAGCUGCAGUCUGACAGAAUGCAGCAUCAACAAGGCAAAGAAGCCAGAGCUAAAGUUUUAAAACCAAACCUAUAAGAAGUGAGGGAUUAGCAGGAAGAACGGGGAAACUGGGAUCCUGAUGCUCAAAAUGCCUUUGGGUGCAGCAACCAUUUUGUCUCUAAGUAAAAUACCCCAAAGUUAGUUUAGGUUACUAUAUUUCUGUAAGUUAACUAAGGCAUUUUGAUAGUAUUUCCAAGUUUGCAUUAUAAAUCAAAGUUAUGUAGUAACAUGUUUGCGCGUGCUUUAGCUAACUACAGCAGCUUGCUAACAUUCCAACAGCGAGCUUGUCCGAUCAUCAUUUUAGUUAACUGCCCCCACCUUCCCUCUAAAUAUGACACUACUUUAGAAAUAAAGUGUCAUUUUCCUCCCUUGUGCUAUAUGUUAGCAAGCUACUGUAGUUAGCUAAGGGACCUGCAGAUGCAGCUUGCUGCACACAGACGUGUCCAGUGUCAGGGUCCCUGUUUCACCAUGUCUUAAAGCAUUUUAAAUUUAUUUGUGAAAUCAGCAGCUCUUUAAAAUUUUAACUCUGGGUUCUUUGCCUUGUAGGUACUGUAUCUUAUUACAAUGUAGUUUUUUGGCAUUUUGUUUUGUUUAAAAACAAUUGUCAAAGAAGCACCUUCAAUCAGUACAAAGUCAAUGGAGAAAAAGUGGGUGUAGCUUUCACAGUAGCUCUGUUUCUGUAUUUGUUGUUUCAGGCUGUUUUAAAAUAAAAACCCUAACAGAAUA